GAAAACACAUACUAACCCAGAUCACAUCCGGAGUAGCCAUGUUUUGCUUUUAGUGUUGCCCAGUGUAGUUUCACUUUCUGUCCAAUAUUAAUAAUACCUGUUAUUUGUCACCGUCAUCAUCAUCAUCAUGUCUCGGGGCUCAAGUGCAGGCUUUGACCGACAUAUCACCAUCUUCUCCCCGGAGGGAAGACUCUAUCAAGUCGAAUAUGCCUUCAAAGCCAUCAACCAGGGCGGACUGACCUCUGUAGCGAUCAGGGGGAAGGACUGUGUUGUUGUUGUCACACAGAAGAAAGUUCCUGACAAGCUGCUGGAUGCCUCGACCGUCACACAUCUGUUCAGAAUCACAGAGAACAUUGGCUGCGUUAUGACCGGCAUGACUGCUGACAGCAGGUCUCAGAUACAGAGGGCCCGGUAUGAAGCAGCUAACUGGAAGUACAAGUAUGGCUAUGAGAUCCCCGUGGACAUGUUGUGUAAACGUAUGGCUGACAUUUGCCAAGUUUACACACAGAAUGCUGAGAUGAGACCAUUAGGAUGCUGUAUGAUGGUGAUUGGACUGGAUGAAGAGUUGGGUCCACAGCUGUAUAAAUGUGAUCCAGCAGGCUACUACUGCGGCUUUAAGGCCACAGCGGCUGGAGUCAAACAGACAGAGGCCACGAGCUUCCUGGAGAAGAAAAGCAAGAAGAAGCUGGACUGGACUUAUGAGCAGACUAUAGAGACGGCUAUCUCAUGUUUGUCGACGGUGCUGUCUAUUGACUUCAAGCCCUCAGAGCUGGAGGUGGGAGUAGUCACCACACAGGAACCUACAUUCAAGAUUCUGUCAGAGUCUGAGAUUGAUACUCACCUCAUGUCUCUGUCUGAGAGAGAUUGAGGAAAGUUGGCAGCCAUUUUGCAGUCGUCAUCGCGUUGCACUCUGAAAUGGAUGAUGAAUAUUAAAACAAAAAUAACUCCACCUCCUUCACUGAGGAUGUACAGCACAACCAAGUACAAUACAGAACAAUGUGGUUAUUUAAUAGCAGGUGGGUAGAAUACAUUACCCAGCUGCUCUGUGGUCACAACCAGGACCUGAAAAGACACAGUAAUAACCGCAUAUCCAGCCCCUCCUACAGUUUCCUUUCAUCCACACUGAGACAUUGCUUCUGCUUCUGACUGCCAAACAUCACAGAACCUGAGAAGACGCUGGACAUUCACAUCAGUCCACCAUAUACGACGCAUCAGCCUCUGACCACGGUGUCCUUGCUUGAUCCUCCUCAGCUAAGUGUGACACAAACCACCAGGAUGAUUGAGGUGUGGACAGCUCCUCUCACGUAUGGACUCCAACAACACCUGAGUCACUGUGUCUGAAAUGGUGCUUUCUAAUCUAACCCUCUUUACUCAGGGCUGCCACUACUCCUCUUUUCUGAAUCCCCUUAAAUUUUUAUUCAUCUACCUCAACGUCUCUCCUCACCACUGUGUUCUACUCUAUACUUUGUAAUAACCCAGGGAUCGGUCAGCUGUGAUCUGCUCAGGUCAAUAUCAACCUACAAUGACGAAUUAUAAAAAAAAAAAGUUUUGCGUCCCCUUGUGUCUCGAUCCUCCUCUCCUCUGCUGCCAACGCUGUACACUACUACACUUCUAUUAAACACAAUGUUUUUAUUCAA